AUGGGCCUGCUGCACCCCAGCGGCCGUGUUCGGCUCGCCUGGGACUGCGCGGCCGCGUCGCUCUCGAUACUGACGGGCGCCGUGCUGCCCGUCUGCGUGGCCUACGACGCGCCGUGGGCGGCCGGCGGCCUCGCAGGCGGCGCCUCCGCCGGGGCCCCGCUGGGCCUUCGGCUGCUGGUCGCCGCGGACGCCUUCUGGGCCGCGGACGUGGCCGUGAACGCGCGCACGGCCUUUUUCCAUGACGGCCCUCGGAGAAGAGAGCACUGCUCAAACAUGCGAGUGGUUCUCCCGCGGCGCAUCCUGGCGCGCUACGCCCGCGCCUGGCUGCUCCUCGACUUGCUGGCCGCGUGGCCGUGGCUGCUGGUUCCCGGCCACCCCGCGGCGAUACUCGCCGCGGCGGCCUGCAAGCUGCUGAAGGUGGCCAAACUGCCGCACUUGCUGCUCAGGCUGCAGAACCAGGUCAAGCGCGUGAGGCUGAUCCGCCGUUGUCUCGGCUGGCCCUCCUCCGACCGUCGGGUUGCUGACGCACCUCUUCUCCUGCGCAUGGCGCCUUGCGAGGCGGGCGGACCGGCCCGCUCGGGAGCAGCCCGGGGCGGAGUGGUGGCAGGAGUACAUCAUGGACGUCUACUGGGUGCAGAUGACGAUGACCACGGUGGGCUUCGGCGACGUCUCGCCCUGCGGCUUCUGCUCCCGGAUUUUCGCGGUGUUCUCGAUGCUGGUGGCGCCCCUGUUUUUCGGCACCGUCGUGUCGGUGCUCACCGUGUUCAGUCAUCGGGUCUUCCACGACGAGGCCGACCAGCUGGCCCACGAGGCCGACCAGCUGAUGCGCCGCAGGGGCGUGUCGACAGACCUCCAGCUGCGCGUGGAGACCUGCGCCGCCGCGUGCGGCAGGAGCGCCAGAUGGCAUCCGCGGCGGGCCUCCUGGGCCGGCUGUCUCCGGCGGUGCAGAGGGAGCUGUCCCUGGAGCUGCUGACAGCGUCGUGUUGCGGUUCCCGCUGUUCCGCGCGGCGCCGCGGGCGUUCGUGGCCGAGAUCGCCAGCGCCCAUGCCUGGGUGCAGUGCGCCCCAGGCGACCUCGUCGUCGAGGACGGGCCAGGUGAUACAGGAGGUGGUCUUCCUCGUGCACGGCCGUCUGCUGGUCCACCGCUCCGACACCGCGCUCCCCUCCCCCGCGUCGCCCUCCUCGCCGCGCAUCUGGCGCUCGGAGGAGGCGGAGGUGCCCGAGGGCCGCGGGGACGCCGCAGAUGGCGGCAUCACCGCGGGGUCACGGGCCGAGGGCACCAGGGUCGAGAUCCAGCGGAUCACGGAGCUCGAGGACGGGGCCUGGUUCGGAGAGGCGUGCCUCUUCGCGCAGAAGGUCGUCCGCACCUUCGGAGCCAUCGCCGUGGCCGAGACGGAGCUGGCGGUGCUUCCGGCCCGGGGCUACCGCCGGGUGCUGCAGCGCUACCCGCACUUGCUGGAGCGCCACGGGGCUAUGCACCGCGCUCUGCGGGAGAGCAGGCUCGACCUGGCAGACCUGGCGUGGAAACCCGCGGACUGA